UGGCGUUUUGCUGUUUUCUUAAAGUCGGAGGAAUGGAGAAGAAAGCUUUGAGCGUUGUGUUGAUCGUGGCUCUCUUUGCCACCACUUUCCUGGAUCUUCACGCGAGCUUGGACUUCACUGCAGGAGUUGAUAGCGGCGAAGGUGGGCCAUGCUGUGACCAAUGCCUCUGCGCUCUAUCCUUCCCACCACAAUGCCAAUGCUUCGACGUGAAGAGCUACUGCCACCCCUCAUGCAAGGGUUGCCGUUGCACCAGGCCCAUUCCCCCUCAAUGCCGCUGUGUCGACAUUAAGGACCACUGUGACAAGACUUGCACAGCUACGGGCUAUGUGAACUAACGAAGAG